CCGCGACCCUUGGUGAUAUGGCACGGCAUGGGCGACAGCUACAACUCUCCUGGGAUGCUCGAGGCCGUACACGAGAUCGAGACCGCACACCCCGGGAUAUUCGUACACUCCGUGCACCUCGCAGAAGCUGAGGACGACGACAAGAAAGCAGAUUACUUCGGGAACGUCAACGAGCAGGUAGCCUUUGUGGCAGAGCAGCUCAACAAUGUCACAGAGCUGCAGCAUGGCUUCGACGCCAUCGGUUUCUCCCAAGCGGGGCAAUUCUUACGUGCAUAUGUCGAACGUUACAACUCGCCUCCGGUGAACAACUUCAUCACCUUCGGCUCCCAGCACAUGGGGGUCUCCGACCUUCCAGAGUGCAAACCUUACGACAUCACCUGCCAGCUUGCCCGCAGAGCAGCCCGAGGCAGUGUGUACAGCGCGUGGGCGCAGGCAAACAUCGUCCAAGCCCAAUACUUCCGCGACACAGACCGACUCCCGCUGUACCUCGAGCGGAACCACUUCCUGUCCGACAUCAACAACGAGGUCGACGGGUCAGUGAACACGACCUACCGCGCGAACUUCGAGGCUCUCAACAAGCUCGUCCUCGUCCUCUUCGCGCAGGACACCAUGGUCGUGCCGAAGGAGAGCAGCUGGUUCGGGUCCUACGCGCCCGCCGACGAGGACGCGGGGGCGGCGAGGACGGUCAUCCCGAUGCGCCUGCAGCCGCUGUACACCGAGAACCGGAUCGGGCUCAGGACGCUCGACGAGCGUGGGGACGUCGAGCUCGUCACCUGCGACAGCGCGCACAUGCAUCUGAAGACCGAGUGCUGGCAGCCGCUCAUAGAGAAGUAUGUCGGGGGUGUCGUUGGG